ACAAGCUGUGGGCAGAGCCGGCCCCGCAGAGGGAAUCUGAUCCACAGCUGAACAAAUCCCGGCGCCGAUGGAAAGACUGGUCAGUUCCGACAGCCUGGCCGCCAAGAAGCCGCCGCGCUUGGCCCCUGGCUCCGGGCAGGCGAGCGUGGAUUCACAGGACAGCCCUGCAGGGUCUCAUGUUGAAUGGUGUAAACAGCUUAUUGCUGCUACUAUCUCAACCCAACAUUCAACUGCUGCAGUGCCCGAAACCAUCUCCAAGGAUUAUAGGGAGAUUCAGGAUGGACGCAAUGGGUCCUGUCAUUCUGACCCUGACCUGGGUGUACUCCCCUUGGUCCUAAGGGAUGGAAAUAAGCUGGCUCAAAUGGAGGAGGCUCCACUCUUUCCAGGGGAAGCUAUCAAAGCAAUUGCCAAAGACGUCACGUACAUUUGUCCUUUUAUUGGAGCCAUCAGUGGGACACUUACUUUGACUGACUACAAAUUGUACUUCAAAAGUGUGGAGCGGGAUCCCCCUUUCACACUUGAUGUUCCACUUGGGGUCGUGAGCCGUGUUGAAAAAAUUGCUGGUGUUCAAGGUCACGGAACAAGUUCCUGCGGUCUGGAGAUAGUGUGCAAGGAUAUGAGAAAUCUACGGUUUGCUUACAAGCAGGAAGAACAUGGCAAACUGGAGAUCUUUGAGAACCUAACCCAAUAUGCCUUUCCUGUCUCGAAAAACUUGCCACUUUUUGCAAUGAAGUAUAAGGAGAACUUCCCCGUGCAGGGAUGGAAGGUGUACGACCCAAUUGCAGAAUAUAAAAGACAGGGUCUGCCAAAUGAAAGUUGGACAAUAUCUAAACUCAACAGCAACUACGAGCUCUGUGACACCUACCCGGCAAUUGUGGUGGUGCCAACCAACGUCAAGGACGAUGACCUUUGCAAAGUGGUAGCGUUUCGGACCAGUGGCCGAUUCCCAGUUUUGUCAUGGAUCCAUCCAGAAACACAAGCAACGAUUACCAGAUGCAGCCAGCCAAUGGUCGGACCCAAUGACAAGCGAUGCAAGGAGGACGAGAAGUACUUACAGACCAUCAUGGAUGCCAAUGCUCAGUCUCACAAGUUAACCAUCUUUGACGCCCGACAAAACAGUGUUGCAGAUGCCAAUAAGGUCAAAGGCGGAGGCUACGAGAGUGAAAGUGCCUAUUCAAAUGCUGAGCUCGUUUUCUUGGAAAUCCAUAAUAUCCAUGUCAUAAGGGAAUCUCUGAGGAAACUGAAGGACAUUGUUUACCCAGUCAUAGAUGAAUCCAAGUGGCUGUCAAAUAUUGAUUUGACUCAUUGGUUAGAAUACAUACGGAUCCUGUUAGCUGGAGCAGUUCGUAUCGCCGACAAGGUUGAAUCAGCAAAGACUUCGGUUGUGGUCCACUGCAGCGAUGGCUGGGAUCGGACUUCACAGCUUACGUCUCUCAGCAUGCUGAUCCUCGAUAGCUACUACCGAACCAUCAAGGGAUUUGAAGUGCUGCUGGAGAAGGAAUGGCUCAGUUUUGGACACAGAUUUGCAGUUAGAGUAGGACAUGGGGAUGAGAACCACGCUGCUGCUGAUCGAUCGCCUAUCUUCCUUCAGUUCAUCGACUGCGUGUGGCAGAUGACGAGACAGUUUCCAGCAGCCUUUGAAUUUAAUGAGCUCUUCCUGCUGACCAUCCUGGACCAUCUGUACAGCUGCCUGUUUGGGACAUUCCUUUAUAACUGUGAGCAACAGAGAGUGAAGGAGGAAGUGCAGACAAAGACCGUCUCCCUUUGGUCCUACAUAAACAGUCAGUUGGAGGAGUUCACCAACCCAUUUUAUGUGAAUUAUGAAAAUCAUGUGCUUUACCCGGUAACCAGUUUACGGCACUUGGAGCUGUGGGUAAACUAUUAUGUCAGGUGGAACCCAAGGAUGAGACCUCAGGUUCCGAUUCACCAGAAUUGUAAGGAGCUUCUAGGCAUCCGGGCAGAGCUCCAGAAGAAGGUGGAGGAGCUUCAGCGCGAGGUCAGCAAUCUGGCGAUAUCAUCUUCCUCUGAGAGAGCUUCUCCCACGCAUUCGGUGUCUCCUGUGCAGACAACCGUCUGAAACACCUUCCUCUUCUUCACCGUGGUCAGUUGGCACUCAGUUGUUAGCGUUAACCACUGGCAAUUGUGCAACAUUUACUUGAAAGCUGUAAAUACAGAUUCUGUUUUUGUAUGAGUGUGUUUGUGUGUGCAAUACUUUGCUGCAUAUCUUUGUGUUUUGUAAACCUCUGUGUGGAUGGCCCUGGUACAUUACCACUUCAUCCAAAAGCCAAGACCUUCUCCACAAAGGUAACUUAAGUGCCACUGUACAGUCCAGCCUAAACUCUUGGCAAAUUUUGGCCAGUAACGUCUCAAGUGCUUGGGGUGGGAGAAUAUAUCUGUGGUCGAGGCACCACAGUGCCGAGCUUCUUCAGGAACGAGCAGUGGAGGAGACAGCUGUGUCUUUUAAGCUCCCCAGCCCCCUACCAACACAUGCCGAUGUUGGUUUCCUGACACGAACCCCGACUCAUGAAUUGUAUUGCAAUUCACAAAAGAGUUCCACUUUUUUUUUGGGAUAGGUAACUUUACUAUUAAUAUUUUAAUGACCUUAAUAAAAUGUAUAUAUUUUUAUAUAGUGCCCAUAGAUUUUUCCAUCAUUAAUCUCAUUAUUGCAAAUAAAUUCACCUUACAAGGAUUAAUAAAGGCAAUGCAUUCACUAUGUAAGAUGUAGCCUUUAUAACCUUGGCUGUAAUAUUUGCUCUCACCCAUGGCUUAAAUGUUAAGACAAGUAUAUAGUUCAACAUCAAUUUGCCAGAACAUCAUUGCCCAUUACUUAAGUGAGGAUUUGUUUGUAGGUUGUUGUAUGCCAUUCACUGCUUAACUUUGAGGUACUAGAACAAGAAUUUGAAUGCUGAAGUCUGUCAAGACUGCUGCAACAUCCAUCAUUGGAGCUUUGAAUUAUUUGAAAUUGAAGAUCACAGCAAUUUUACACAAAAUAGUUUGCAAAAAAUCAGAGGAUGGAUUGAAACCAGCAAAAAGCCCUUUGUACCGGUCUUUGGUACCAACACUUACAACUGACACAGAAUUUGUGCAAAAGAUUAGCAUUUUUUUUAUUACUUCAUUUGUUAAAUAAUUGCAUUGUUCAGUAAAUGUGUUUCAUUUUCACAA